AUGGCUCCGAAGAAUUGUAAAAGAAUAAUACCUGAAACAAAAUCAAUUCCUUGGGUGGUUUACAUCAGGCCGCUUAUAGAUAUAAGCGGCCUGAUUUACACCGUCUUGGUUACCACUUGUUUGAUUAUCAUCGUAAUCGGCAGUUGUUUCAGAGGGGAAUUGCGGGAAACCAUCGUUGUACCUACAAACGACGUCGAACCUCCGCAAAGCGUCAAACCAGCAGUCGCAACAAGACGUGUUGAAAACAGUGCGUUCAAGGAUGAAGCCAAAGUGGUUACGAAAUCUGAUGACAUAUCUGCUUUCAUGACUGAGUAUUUUUCGAAUUCUGCCAGUCUCUCUGAUCAACACAAAAUAACUAAACACAAUGUCGAAACAAGACGUGUUGAAAACAACGUGUUCAAUGAUGAAGUCAAAGUGGUUACGGAAUCUGAUGACAUAUAUUCUGCUCUCAUGACUGAGUAUUCUUUGAAUUCUGCCAGCCUCUCUGAUCAACCCAAAAUAACCAAACACAAUGUCGAAACAAGACGUGUUGAAAACAACGUGUUCAAUGAUGAAGUCAAAGUGGUUACGGAAUCUGGUUACAAACCCGAUAUAUUGAACUAUCAGAGGAGAAAAAUACCCCAUUUUUUCCGUAAGCGAGGAUCACAAACCAAAACCAGACCUGGUGAAAACAGCGCGUCCAAGUAUGUGGCCAAAGCGGUUAGAGAAUCCCAUCUCAAAGUUACUGAACCUGAUCCAAAACAAGACAUCAUAUCUGAUCUGAAACUUGGUGUUGAGAUAUUUGGCCCGGUUAUGAAUUCCAGUGGCGAAGCAGUUUCUGAACCGAUUUUUGGAACUAAAUUUGACAUGGAACAUUUUGCUCAUGAUACUGAAAGAAAAACCGAACUAAAAGUCUAA